UUGGCGGCGGCGGCGGCGACGACGAAACAAGGUUAUAUUGGCUCUUGAUAAGAUCCUGAGAGCUCGGAGGUUUUUUGCGUGCGUUUAGAGUGAAAUAGGGCCUGAUUUCUGAAGAGAGAUAGUAGUUCAGUGCGUUUUGCAUAAUGGCGGCUACAUUUCUUGCUCACAUAAAGCGGUACUCGCUCCCUUUGAUUUUGUUUGGCCUCGGCUUCUUCUUCCAGCUAGUUGUCCUCCCGAAGUCCUUUCCUCCUACGUACUAUGAUGUUCUUCAUUUGAAGAGGAACGCAUCCGUUGAGGAAGUUGACCACUCGUACCACAAUCUGAUGUCAAAGUUGUUUGCAGAAUCAGAUCCUCCAAUCACUAACGAACUCAUUAAGAUUCGUUAUGCAUUUGAACUUUUAACAAAUCCUUUAUGGAAGAGAGAUUAUGACCUUUUUGGCAUUGAUGAAUACUCGCAUGUCAUUAAUAAUGUCAAAGACAGAUACCGUGGAGGCCAUUUCUCAGAGAUCGAACUCCCAAUUAUUAAUUUAUCUUCACUUGGUAUGUUGAGUGAUGUGACCAAUAACCUCACUCCAAUGGAGUUCAUCUCUACUGUUGGGAAAUCAAAGCCUUUGCUCAUACAAAUUUAUUCUUCUGGAAGCCUUCGCUGUGCUGAAUUCAUCCGUGCUUGGAAGAGGAUAGAAAGUUUGUUGGAAGGUGUUGCUGAGACAGGUAUGGUGGAAUUAGGCGAUCUUCAACUGUCUUCUUACCUUGCAGAAACUGCAUUUGCUGAGCAGCCAUACUUUCGGAAUGGUGUACCCUCGCUUGUUGCCUUUCCUUCUAAUUGUACAAAUACUCGUUGCAUUGAAAGGUAUCAUGAUGAAUUCUCAGUUGAUUCAAUUUUAGAUUGGAUGGCAACCAAUAUUCUUGGUCUACCUCGCAUUCUUUACUAUUCAAAGGAGACUCUGGCAAAGUUUAUUGCAACAAGUGGUCGCCAUAAGGUGAAAGUUAUUUGUUUCUCAAAAACUGGAGAGCGUGCUGCUCCAUUCAUACGCCAAGCUGCCAAAGAGCAUUUUUCUGAAGCAUCUUUUGCUUAUGUUUUGUGGAGAGAGGUUGACAUGCCUUUUUGGUGGAACAUGUUUGGAGUGGACUCAGCACCUUCUGUUGUUCUUCUGAAGGACAUCUAUUCAAAGCCUGUCACCUACAGUGGGAGUUUCAAUCACUUGCAGUUAGUGAAGAUGAUGGAUGAUUAUAAGAAAAAUGAUAUCCCGCAAUUGAGGACUGUUAGUUCUAUGGAACUCGGCUGUGAUGCAAGAGGAUACUCUCGUGCUGGAAAUGAGACUGUAACCUGGUAUUGCCUUAUUCUCAUUGGACGUGCAGGUCAUGCAAUGACUCAGAUGCGUGAGACCUUGCGCAGGGCAAGUGAUGUCCUGAUGGUUGGUGAUGAUUCAGACUAUGCCAGAAAUGUCAAUCUUUCAGUUGCUAGUGUUGCUUCUGCUGCUAUGAAAGAGAAUCGUUUAACUUUUACUUGGCUUGAUGGAGAAGUUCAGCAGAAAUAUUGCCAAUUUCACCUUGCUCCAGAAUACCACACUAAAAGUUGUGGACCAAGUUAUGAAGAUGGUGUUGAUGUGCCUCAAAUAUUGAUUGUUCGUUAUUUAAGAAACUCAACAGAUAAUAAUGCAGAGAACGACAGGUGGAAGCAUUUUCGAAAUCAAUAUUUGGGGGACACCAACGUUGCCUCUCAGCUGAUUGCUAGAUAUCCCGGUCCUGAGGAUGUGGAAGAGUUAAUUCAGUGGAUAUCACAAAUUGUUGAGCGUGGUGACACCAGAGAAUUUCCUUAUUUUACGUUCGAAACCCCAGAUCUUGUCCCUGAGGAUAAACAAUCAACGGGAUCACCAGUUGGUCAAUCUUUCAGGAGAGGAAUAAACUACAGGUUCAAAAAUCUCCGUAUGUAUAUCAGUGACUUGCCUCGUGAUCCCAGGAUAGGUCCGAUCUUGCUGUUAACUGCAUGUUUGUUAUUCGGAACCAUUUGGCUGCAGAACAAUCGGACAACGCAAGCUAAUACACCCGACAAUUCGACGAGCAACACGAGUUCCCGACGCCGACCUUGGCCUGCAAGAACUGAUGAUGUGCCUUCAUCGAUGACCGAUGAGGAACCAAAGGAUGCUUAUCAGUUGCUGAAAACAGAUUCCGAUUCAGAGUAGCCUUUUGCACCCCAUUUGAUCUGACUUUAUGAUUACCUCAAUUGAUUGAUGGUAUUUAAAUUAUUGAGUGUUAAACUAUAACUAUAUUUUACGGAACUAAGCUAAUCAAUCAGUCCACUAAUUCAUUGCA